GCCUUAGUGGGUACACCUCGAUGGCACAAGAAGGUCAUGGGCCGGAGUUUGAUGCGAUCAAUGAGCCUAUUGAUGGAGAAGUCGUCAUGAGGGCGGGAGGAGGCAAGAAGCAUGGACGGUACUGGUUUGGCGACAGCUUAGUUGACACGGCGACUACUCCCACUCUCUCGCAGAUUCGAGCCAGGAGUACCAGCUCAAGCCCUGCCAUACGCCCACGGCCAGACACUACAAAGACUCAGAUUGAGGCUGUCAAGGCCCAGAUGGAAGCAGCCUUCCAAGCACGGCAGGAGGCGGCAGAGGAGAGGUGGAGGGCCGAGCGGGACGACAUCCAGCAAAAAUUGGAUCAAGCUCUAACAUUUAUGCAAAGCCUGGGCUCGGCGAUGGGUGUUUCGCCUCCACAAUUCCCUCCGGCCCCACCUGUUCGUCGUGCAGAAACUCCUCCUACCAAUCAGUCGGCGGCAUCCAAUGAUGGGCCAGUGAAUCCUGACUUCUCGCCUUCGGUGCAGCAGACUCAGCAGCCUCAGCAGUUUGUGUGGACACCGCCACAAUGGGUGGCUUGGAUUCAGCAGUAGCAGCAGCAGCAGCCAGGUUGGUCGCAGACGCCUACAUGGCCGCCCCCGCAGAUGUGGCCACAGCACCCGCCACCGCCGCCACCGCCGUCGGCCCCGUGAGUUAUGUUGUAUGGACUUGCUUUGUACCACUUUUAUGGAUUUGUUUGAACUUGAUUUGUAUGAACUCGACCAGUACUUGUGGUUGUCGAUGAACGAAACAAGACUUUAUUUGUAUGUGUGUAUCAAAUGCCUGUGAUGCUUAUUCGGAUACAUGGAAUAAUCAUUAUGAUA